AUGUGGGAAGCAAUGUUAAAGAUGGCGACGUCCUCAUCAGCAGGACGCGUUUUGACUCUUUGCAAGCAGUUUCAAAAUGUAUUUCGGAUAUCCUCAGCUACAAACAGCCCGCACUGUUCUUCUGCUUUGACCAAAUACCAGCCUCGUCUUUACAGGGAAAAGUCUCCCCUUGCUGCCCUGUCUUGGUACAGUCCCAGCAGCUCUGUGGGUCAGUGUCGAGCCUUGCACACAACCAUCACCAGGAGAGGGCUGGAUGAGUUCUUUGACCUCCCCGAGAACUGGGGACAGACCACCGUGAAGUCAGGUGCACCGUGGACUGCCAAACAACUGAGAACCAAGAGCAGUGAAGAUUUACACAAACUCUGGUAUGUGCUGUUAAAGGAAAAGAACUUGCUGGUAACACUUGAGCAGGAAGCAAGGAGGCAAAGGGUUCAGAUGCCGAGUCCAGAAAGAAUAAGGAAGGUUGAGCGAUCGAUGAUCAGACUGGAGACUGUGGUGAAUGAGAGAGAGACUGCACUGCGACUGCUGCAGACAGGACAGGAGAAAGGCAGACCAGGAGCCUGGAGGAGGAACAAAUUUGGACAUGUCUACUGGUAUCGAUUCAAAGAAUAUGCUAUUCCUUGGUACAUGAACAGAAAGUAUAAGCGAAAGUCCUUCUUCACACCCAAGUUUGUCCAACCUCACUUAAGGCUGCGCAUAGAGAAGCAUCUUCGAGAGAAUGCCAGGAAAGCCAGCUUGGAGAGGAGAACUCAGGCCAAACUCAAGGAGAAGUUUCCUCAAGUAAAAGUUUCUGCAUAAAUUUCAAGUGCAUAUUUUACAAUUAAGGAAUAUUGGACAGCUGACAUCUGUCCAGAAACAAUGCCAUCUCUGCAUUUAUUUAAUAUGAAUACUCAUGUCUGAAUUGGCUCAUUUCAAAUCAUUGAAGGUGGUCUACAACUGUUGUCCUGAGUGUUUGAUUUGUCCAUUUGUUAUUUGAUCCUAUAAGAUAAACUAUGCCACAUCACUGA